UUCAAUAGCAAUGGACAACAGUUUACAUCUUACUGAUCUCCUAUAUUCCAAUUGGUUAUUUAGCUUUACAUACACUUCACUUUCUUUGGCCACUACCAUCCAUUUUGUGUAAUUAUUAAUGGCGAUAGAACAGUACUUUUUCAUUGUUCUUGCGGUGAUAGUGUUGCAAGUUGAGUUAGGACUUGCAGGCUCUUACUCAACAGUUGAGUAUCUUCCUGGUUUUGAGGGUCCGCUUCCUUUUCAACUUCAAACUGGAUAUGUUGGUGUGGAUGAAGCAGAGGAAGUGCAGCUUUUUUACUAUUUUCUCAAGUCAGAAGGGAAUGUUAAGGAGGAUCCUCUCUUGCUUUGGCUAACUGGUGGCCCUGGUUGCUCGGCCUUAUCUGGUCUUCUUUAUGAAGUUGGUCCACUCACUUUUGAGGUAGUGGAAUAUAAUGGAAGCUUACCCAAAUUGAUCCUCAAUCCACAUUCAUGGACAAAGGCAGCCAGCAUAAUAUUUGUAGAUAUGCCUGUUGGCACUGGAUUUUCCUAUGCAAAAACCCAACCUGCUUAUCAUUCAAGUGACCUUAUACAAGUUCACCAAGCAGACCAAUUUCUGAGAAAGUGGCUAAGGGAUCAUCCAGAAUUUCUCCCAAGUCCAGUCUAUAUCGCAGGAGACUCCUACUCUGGCAUUCCCCUUCCAGCAAUAGUUCAACAAAUCUCAAAUGGGAAUGAAGAAGGUAUGGAGCCACUAAUAAAUCUCAAGGUUCUUUUCAAAAAAAAAAAAAAAAAUCUCAAGGGCUACAUACUUGGAAACCCUAUUACAGAUCCAAAUUUUGAUACCAACUCAAAGGUUUCAUAUGCUCAUGGAAUGGGUCUUAUUUCUGAUGAACUCUAUGAGUCACUGAAGAGAAGCUGCAGAGGAAAUUAUGUAGAUAUAGAGCCCAGUAAUACUGAGUGCUUGAGAAAUAUGCAGGGAUUUAACAAGUGCGUUGAGGGCCUCCAAACUGGAUAUAUUUUAGAACCCAGUUGCGGUUUUGCUUCUCCAAAGCCAUUUGAGAUAUUUGACAAGAGAAGAUCUCUCAUUCAGAACUCUCCAGACUUCCUCCAAAUUGAUCCAACAUAUCCUUCAUUUGGCUGUCCUGCUUAUGGAUACGUGCUUUCGUAUAUUUGGGUCAACGACAGCAGUGUUCGCGAAGCACUUCAUAUACGUGAGGGAAGUAUAGAGCAAUGGGUGCGAUGCAAUACUGAAUUAUCUUAUACUUCUGAUAUUCCAAUUAGUCUGGUGUAUCAUGUAUCCCUUGGCAAGAAAGGUUACCGCUCCUUAAUCUAUAGUGGCGACCAAGACAUGGUAGUUCCAUUCUUGGGAACUCAAGCAUGGAUAAGAUCACUGAACUAUUCAAUUGUUGAUGAUUGGCGGCCAUGGCUUGUUCGUGGCCAAAUUGCAGGGUAUACGAGGACUUACUCUAAUCAGAUGACAUUUGCAACGGUUAAGGGAGGAGGUCACACAGCUCCAACAUACAAACCUGAAGUAUGCUUUGCAAUGUUUAAAAGGUGGAAGAGUCAUGAACCUUUGUAACUAUCUUCACUCCAAAGCCCAAGGAAAAUACUCAUCGCCUGGAAUGGAUCCUUAUUUUACUUAAGUAUCUAAAUAAUUGUGUCAUUUAGAGGCAACAAGUGAAUGGCUCUUUUUCAAAUAAUAUCCAAUGUAAACAUUUCUGCUCUUAAAAUGAUGUGAAAAAUGCAA